CUGGAACCUGCGCUCCUUCCAACAUGCACACGAAAAAAUAUAUUACUAUACAGUAUCACAGAAAAGCCCAGAAGAAGCCUUCACAGUGCAUAGCCUACCUAUAAAAUCAGACAAUAUUAGACUAAACAGAUCACAUUUUCACCCGGAGUAGAAAUCGUACAGAGACUUUAUUCCUUUUCUGCAGAUUCUUAACAUAUAUAAACAAUGCUUCAGAAGACUGGACUUCUCACGCUGCUCGCGCUCAUUGCGUCUGCCUACGAACUGGAUCAGAACGAGUCCUUCUCUCCCAGGAGAACACGCGUCGCUGCGAACAGCCCUUCAGACGUGGCACGCUGUCUCAACAGCGCCCUGCAGGUGGGCUGCGGUGCCUUCGCCUGUCUGGAGAACUCCACCUGCGACACGGACGGCAUGCACGAUAUCUGCAAGGCCUUCCUCUACAGCGCUGCUAAAUUCGACACUCAGGGCAAGGCCUUCGUCAAAGAGAGCCUGAAGUGCAUAGCCAACGGCAUCACCUCCAAGGUCUUCCUCACCAUCCGCCGCUGCUCCACCUUCCAGAGGAUGAUCUCCGAGGUGCAGGAGGAGUGCUACAGCAAGCUGGACAUCUGCACCGUGGCCCGAUCCAACCCCGAGGCCAUUGGGGAGGUGGCCCAGCUGCCCAGCCACUUCCCUAACAGGUUCUACGGCAAGCUGCUGCAGAGCCUGAUGGAGUGCGACGAGGAGACGGUGGACCUGGUGAGGGCCAGCCUGGUGUCCAGACUGGGGCCGGAGAUGGCCAUGCUGUUCCAGCUGCUGCAGAGCAAGGCCUGCCCCCCGCCGUCCGCCGCCGUGCCUGUUGGGAUAGAGGCGCGCGGGGGCUGGAGGUGGCCCGCCAGUUCCCACAUGCUCAAGACCCAGCCCAACCUCCGCAACAGGGACUCCAGCCUCUACGCCAAGAAGCGCGCCACUGGUGACAGCUCAUAAUUACCAC